ACGCGAUCACAUGGAAUCCCAUUCAUGUAUGACUUACGUACUUUUCUGUCGUAUCCAAAUGAAACGGGUCCUUUAUUUCCGAAAAUCUUACUUGGUAAUUCAAUUGAGUCUCCAGGAUCAGCUGUGGCCGGCGUCUUGUUCUAAUAAACAAGUAAUGAACCUCAGAAACAGAUGAAGAAUGGAGGGAAUCCUAUACAAGUGGACAAAUUACAUAAGUGGUUGGCAGCCUCGCUGGUUUGUACUGGAAGGAGGGACUUUGUCCUACUAUGACUCGCAAGAGGAUUCCUGGAAAGGAUGCAAGGGAAGCAUCAAGAUCUCAGUGUGUGAAAUACAAGUCCACUCCUCUGACUUCACACGGGUUGACCUGACCAUCCCUGGAGAACAGUACUUCUACCUCAGAGCCAUCAACGCAGCGGAGAGGCAGAAAUGGCUGGUCGCGUUGGGAUCUGCAAAGGCCUGCCUGACAGACAACCGAACCAAGAGAGAGAAAGAACACCAGGAGAACACAGAGGCUCUUAAGACCAAGAUGUCAGAGUUGAGGCUGUACUGUGACCUUCUCCUCCAGCAAGUUAACCAGAUCAAGGACAGUGAGGAGAAUGAGGAGGCUGGGGAGAACCCUGGCACCAUGGUGAAGUCUACAUGCACCACCUUCAUCAAGACGUUGGAGGAGUGCAUGCUGAUCGCCAACCGCACCUUCAGCUCAGACCAGGCCACAAAGACCCCACCCGGGUCACCUCCCGUGGCAACCAUCAAACCCCAGAAGGUCAAACCUGUCAAUCAAUCAAAUCAGGAAAAACACAGGGAGUGUAAAGAAAUCUCAGGAGGAUCUGUAACACAUGACAACCAGAGCCUUGACUGUGGAGCAGAGGGACCAGACCAACGAGACGGACCAGACACGCUCCCUGAGAGAACCACCCAAACACCCCCAACAGAACAUAGCCCAGCCGGCGGAGACCACCAGGGCCCAGAGGAGUCUGCAGUGGAAGAGGAGGCCACUACCCAAACCACCCACACAAACCCUGACCCAGAACACACCGACCAACCAGCGCAGCAGGAAGAGGAGGAGGAAUUCAAAGAGGUGGAGCAGGAAAUGAGGAAUGCCCAAGAAGAAGAGAAACAGGAAGUGACCCAGAACCAACAGGAAGCUGUCACUGACCAAGCGGAAGCCAAGCUGGAAGAGGAGCAGCCUUCCCAGCCUCAGGAAGAAGAGAGGGAGGAGGAGGAGACAGAGCAGGUGGACACAUUCUUCAGUACGAUGAGUCACAGAUUUAGUGAUAUAAGACUGGACGGUGACAGUGGUAUUCCUACACAAGCCUUUUUGGACUCAUGCUAUGCGAUAGUGCCUGUAUUAGACAAACUAGGAUCCACAGUAUUUGGUCCAGUAAAAAUGGAUUUUACGGGCAACAUCAAGAAGAUCCACCAGAAGCUGUCGUCGGACCCGGGCAGCUUCCCCACACUGCAGACCAUAGUGCUCCAUGAGGUGCAGACCGGUGUGGCCCGCGUCCGCAACUCAGCCACCGAGGCCCUGCUGUGGCUCAAACGAGGACUCAAGUUCCUCAAGGAGUUCCUGUCCCUGGUCAACUCUGGGGAAAGGGAUAUCCCCGGAGCGCUGGGUAAUGCUUAUGGACGGAGUCUGCGGCAGUAUCAUGGAUGGGUUGUGCGAGGUGUAUUUGCUCUGGCCCUCCGAGCAGCGCCAUCAUACAGCAGCUUUGCGGCGGCUCUGGUGUCCAGAGAGGGGGAUGAACUGAAAGAAGGAUUCAACACAGGCAUGCACCGGGACCUGGGGGUCUACCUGCCUGCCAUGGAGAACCAACUGGCCAUCCUGGAUGCCCUGUAUGAAGAAUACAACCUGGAGUCAGAUGAGGUGGUCUGAGAGGAGGAGACGAGACCCCAGCUGGUGGCCCGAGAGGAGGAGACGAGACCCCAGCUGGUGGCCCGAGAGGAGGAGACGAGACCCCAGCUGGUGGCCCGAGAGGAGGAGACGAGACCCCAGCUGGUGGCCCGAGAGGAGGAGACGAGACCCCAGCUGGUGGCCCGAGAGGAGGAGACGAGACCCCAGCUGGUGGCCCGAGAGGAGGAGACGAGACCCCAGCUGGUGGCCCGAGAGGAGGAGACGAGACCCCAGCUGGUGGCCCGAGAGGGACACUACCAGAGGAGGAAGAGAGCUCUCAGACUCAGACCAUCUGGGAUACACUGACAGAGGAGGACGGUGUGGAGGGAGAGGAGAACCCUCUUCAGGAUGCAGAAACUUUAACCCUGGAGGUGUAGGCUUGGUUGGUUUGCUCCCCGAGAACAGGGUCAAGCCCCAGGUAGCAUGCUCACUAGAUUAGCCAAUCAGAGCCAUCCGGAGGAUGGAGGGGCGUGAUUGAGUGUGAGCAUGCUCGGUGUAAGAUGAGGUAUUGUCUCACAUUACUAACUCUGGAACAAUGCAAGGUCUAAUGGCCGUAGAGGGACUAGGUUUGAGGGAGGACUUUUUCAGGUUUUCCUUCUAGUGGUUUACGCUUAGUGCUUCCAAUUACAAAGGGUGCACUGUUGUACAAAUGGUGGUCUUCUGACGGAGCACAUUUCCUGACGACGGAUGCACACUUCACUCCGUUAUAGUGACUGACUGUACUUGAUGUAGUGUACAGUACUUUAGACUCAGGCUCUUUUCCCUCCUGUGACUUCCAUUAUGAACAGCUGCACCAUUGGUUGCCGAGAAUGCACAAAUAUGAACUUCUACUUUAAAUUGAGGCUGAUAUUGUUAUAAUUGGCAGCAUUAUUUGACCGCUUACAUAGGCUGUAUGUAAUGAACUGCAUACAACACUGAAGAGUAAUGUAGCAGUGUUAGUAUUGAUCCCUGCUGAACUCAUACACCAAUAUACUGUAUCUACAUGGAUGACCCACCUCCUCCCUCCAGAACCAUUCUCAUUCUCGCAUAUUGUCUCAUCUACAAAUGUAUUGUUUACCAAGUGACAUUAACAUGAACUAGUAUUUUCCUCGUUAUCUUAAUCAUUUAAAUGUAGUCUGAGUAACUUAUGGAAUAAACCAUGUUCUAUAUGGAUGGAUGGAAAUGUCCAUGUUUUAAUGUAAAGGGUUCGACUGAGGUGCCAACUGAAGUGGAAUAUAUAUAGCAAGGCCUUGAUUCAAAAUGUAUUAACAAUCAUGAUGAUGGAUAGAUUGUUAGUCUAUUAGCUGACUUUCCUCUCUGUGACUGAUGGCCUAACUGAUGGUGUGGGUUAAUAAUAAUACAGUGGUUAUCAUAGAGGCAGUCUAACUUUGGCCUCUUAAUUCUGGACAUGAAUUCAGUCUUGUUAUAGAUGCACUGAGCCAUUUGGACAAAGCAGGAAGAUCUGACCGAUGUGCAAUAGGCUGAUUCCUUGUUGUGAAGCAUUUCUGGUGUCAAUGCUAAUGUUUUUGCUAUGCUAAUGUUUUUGCUAUGCUAUUGUAUCUCACAGUUUCAGAACACAAUUUAUACGAAUGUACAUAAGAUGGCAUUUUUACAUAUGUAUUAAACUUGAUGAAAUGGUGAAUGGGUA